AUGUCUGAAAUCUCAAAUAAAAUAGAACAGAAAAAUCAUGAAAAUGGUCAAGUUAAAAAAAUGGGAAGAUCAGUGGAUGAACGGCAUUUGGCUUUACGAAAAUCACAGUCUUCCAAAAGUCUAUUUCAACAAAUCGCAUGGAGAAGUUUAGAUAAUUCUAGACGACAAAAAAACAUGCUAAGUGGAGACUAUUCGGAACCACUUUGGGCAAUUGUUUUAGAUAAGAAAAUGGAAAAAAAUUAUAUACCGAAAGUAGAAGACAGUGAUUCGAUUUCCGCAUUUGGGUUUUAUCGAUCUAUCGAAAGUCAACCUGAACAACAACCAUGGGGUAAGAAAGCGAUUCCAAUGGUUGGUGAUUUGGUAUUACGAACAAUGGCACAGAAACGUACAUUAACAUCUUUGUCGUCUAAUCUAACCAGUUGGACACUGACAGAUCAAGAAUUGAAAAUGCAUGUUUAUCGUAAAACAUUACAAGCCUUGGCUUAUCCCAUAUCAAGUAAUACACCGCAUAAUUUUCAAUUGUUUAGUGCUACCAGUCCUACUUAUUGUUAUGAAUGUGAAGGCUUAUUAUGGGGUGUAGCCAGGCAAGGAUUACGAUGUACUGAAUGUGGUGUUAAAUGUCAUGAUAAAUGUAAACGUUUAUUAAAUGCAGAUUGUUUACAAAGAGCUGCAGAAAAAUCUUUACGUCAUGGUGCUGUAGAUAAAGCUCAAGCUGCAAUGGAAGCAAUACGUGCAUUGAUUCAACGACGUAUUACUGAACGAUCAGAUAUUUUCGAAUUUUUAGCUAAUGUUUUUCAAAUUGAUGUACAAUCAAUGACACAUUUAAAUGCUUUAGAAUUUGCACAAAAAAGUAUUGUAGCCGGUGCAAGUCAAUGGUCAGCUAAAAUUGCAAUCACUGUGAAAUCUGCUCAAGGUUUAAUUGGUAAAGAUAAAACUGGACGAAGUGAUCCAUAUGUGACAGUACAAGUUGGUAAAGUACGUAAACGUACUAAAACAGUUCUACAAGAAUUGAAUCCAACAUGGGAUGAAAAAUUUCUAUUUGAGUGUGAUAAUGCCUUGGAACGAAUUAAACUUCGUGUUUGGGAUGAAGAUAAUGAUUUAAAGUCGAAAAUUCGACAAAAAUUCACUAGAGAAUCGGAUGAUUUUCUUGGUCAGACAAUUAUUGAAGUAAGAACAUUAAGCGGUGAAAUGGAUGUAUGGUAUAAUCUUGAGAAACGGACAGAUAAAUCAGCAGUAUCUGGAGCUAUUCGUUUAUUGAUUUCUGUUGAAAUAAAAGGUGAAGAACAAAUGGCUUCAUUUCAUGUACAGUAUACAGCAUUACACGGUAGUAUAUUUUGUUAUUUAUGUCAAAAAAAUGAACCAGUUUUUUUACCGGAUCAAACAUAUAUCACUCAGGCACAAAAUAAUGGUAAUGAAGCAUGGCGAGUGUAUUUCAAUCCAAUAGGACAGGAAAUCGUUGAUGAAUUUGCUAUACGUUAUGGUAUUGAACCAAUAUUUCAAGCAAUGACGCAUUUUGCAUGCUUAACUGCGAAAUAUAAUUGCCCUGGUGUACCAGCUCAGUUAUCUGUACUUUUGGCUAAUAUAAAUGCAUUUUAUGCACAUACAACAUCAUCAAAUAGUCAGACAGCUAGUGAACGAUUUAGUGCAAGUAAUUUUGGACGAGAGAAAUUCAUUAAAUUACUGGACAAUUUAUAUAUCGCCAUAAGAAUUGAUUUAUCAAAAUAUCGUACUGUAUUCCCUGCAUCACAACCAGAAAGAUUGAUUGAUUUGAAAUCUACCGUAGAUCUUCUUACAAGUAUUACAUUUUUCCGUCUCAAAGUCCAAGAGCUUAGUUCACCUCCAAGAACAGGUCAAAUAUUACGUGAAUGUAUUGAAGCUUGUAUUCAUGCAACCUAUCAGUGCCUUUGUGAAAAUGUACAUGACUUAUAUGGGAAAAGUUUACAGGCAACCAAUACAGAAUCUGGGAAUACUGAAUUUGUAUCUGAUAAUAUGAAUAGUGGAGCUGGACAAUCGUUAAUUGGGGAAUUAGAUCAAAUGGAUGGUAUGCGAUCGCCGACCUAUUGGCAUCGUCUUAUCACAUUGGUUGUUUCAGUUCUGGAAGAUGAUCGAAAACAUUAUGCGCCAGUAUUAAAUCAAUUUCCACAUGAAAUCAAUCUAGGCGAUAUGUCAGCUGAGAUGAUAUGGAAAUGUUUAUCGGAUGAUUUAGCUAAUGGAUUAGCUCAGCAUACAAUUACAGCUAAAUAUUAUUUCAAUAAUACUGAAGAGAAUAUAUUGGAUAGUUUAUCAAAAGUGAAUAAAUUGCGUGAUUCAUCUAAGUCAACUGGACAAGAUAAAGUUGUCUUAAAAAGUGGAAUGAAUAAAAUCAAAUCUUCAGAUUAUAUGAAUCUUUGUUUUCGAGUGAAAUGGUUUUAUAAUACUUAUAUAGCAACACUGGCAAGAUUUAAAAAUUCAGUUCCUGAUUAUCCUCGUUGGUUUGAAGGUCUUGUAUUGAUUUGGCUAGCUGAGAAUGAUGAAGUGUCUGCAAAUUAUUUAAGAAAUGCUUAUGAUCGUGACAAACAAGAUGGUUUUCAAUGUUCUAGUGAACAUGUACUCUAUUCAAAUUCUGUUGUUGAUGUAUUCACUCAACUGAAUCAAUGUUUCGAUGUUAUACGUAAACUUGAAUGUCCAGAUAAACAAGUUGAAGGACAAUUUUUUCAUAGAUUCUCACUGACUGUUGAAAAAGUUCUCCUUGCUUAUGCUGAUCGUGUAUUAGCUGAUUUCUCAACAUACAAAACGGAUCAACGUGUAGCUUGUAUAUUAGUGAAUAAUACACAACAACUUCGUGUUCAACUAGAAAAAGUUUAUGAGAAUAUGGCACGUGAAAGUCUUGAAUCCAACACUCGAGAUCGUUUAAGUGCUCUUCAAGGUCGAUUAAAUGAAGUAGUUGAUAAAUUAGCUAUCCAACUGACCGAUCAGUUCGAACCCGGGGUUCGUUCACAUGCACGUGAAUGUGGCAAACUUUUACAGAAGUGUAGACCAUCGAAUGGUUCAGAUAAUACAACUGGUCGUGGUGUCAGUAAAGAAGAUGAAGCAAACGAAUGCUUACAACCGCUAAUGGAUCAUUUUGAAAGUAUUCUAUCUAUACUAGCAAAUGUCUGUGAUAAAACUGUAUUAAAAAGAAUAUUAAAGCAAUUAUGGCGAAUAACAAUGUGUAAUUUAGAAAAACUUGUUGUACUACCCGCAGUUACUGAUCAAAAACAGCUGGCUACGGGAUUGCUUUUAAGCUCAAAUACAUCAGCGAAAUUAAUUGGUGGGGCACAAAGCCUAUUAAGUCAUGUUGGUAGUCAAGUUGUACAGGGGAAAAUUUUAUCUGAAACAACACGUGAACCUGAAAAAGGCCUUACACCAUAUCAAUGUGAAUUACUUGGUAUUUGCUUGAAUACAAUUCGUGUAUAUUUUCAUGCUGGUGGACGUGGUGUGAAACGUUCGUUUCUUGAUAGAAGUCCAGAACUACAUAGUUUACGACAAGUAUUAGCUCUAUAUUCUCAGGCUACAGAUGAAUUACUUCGAGAUUUUAUAGCUACACAAACUUCACAAGAUUAUCUGGCCAAUGAGGAACCAGUUGGCUACUUAACACUUCAAGUAGAAAUUUUCAAGCACCCUGGUACCGGUGAAUAUAAAGUAAAUGUGAAAAUUCAUACAGCUUCAGAUUUGAAUUGGUCUCUUGCCACUGGAAUGUUUAGACCAUUUGUAGAAGUUUAUAUUUUUGGACCAUUAUUAUCUGAUCGUAAACGUAAAGCUGCUACAAAAUCGAAAUCAGUUACUACAAUGCCCAUUUAUCACGAAACCUUUGUAUUUUUCUUAUCCAAUCAAAGUGAUCCUGAAUGGUAUGAAUUACAUUUAUCUGUAAAAGAUUAUUGUUUUGGACGAACUGAUCGUCUUGUUGGUGUCACAGUAUUAUCUUUAUCUAGAGCAUUAAAUCUUGGUGCAACUCCAAUUCGACUUCCGUUAGGACGACGUUUACAUUUUACAGAAACUGGAUGGACUGUAUUACGUGUACUUUCACAACGUGUUAAUACAGAUGAUGUAGCCAGAGAGUUUGUUCGUGCUAAAUCUGAAUAUCGUGCUACCACAGAGAAUGAUAAUACUGUAUCGGUAGCACAAUAG